ACUGUUGGACGAAGCUGUUUUCUUUUCCACAGGGCUAGGCAGCUUUUUCUCUGGACAGUAACAAGUCGAAGCACAUUGGUACUUGAAAGGCCUCCGAGGAUUCUAACUGCUCCAAGGAAAAGGUCAUGGAGCUCCGUCGUCCACCUGAUUCUCUGCUUAUGAUAACCUGCAGCCUCUGAAUGAUGAUGGCUAGAUCCAGGCAAGUAAGCAUCUGUAGUCCUGUACUUUUUACUGUACAAUUCAACAACAGGUACCCUUGGAUUGCGAGGCAGAGGUUCAUAAAUACC